AUGUCCAUAACUGUCACACCUCUUUAUAACAUCUCAAAGGAAAGAGAAGACUUCUAUGGCAAUCGGUCGGAUGGGAUUACACUUCCACCAAAUACAUAUGGAGCCAUGCGAAUUUUCUCCAUUAUCUGUCACAGCAUUACCUGCAUUGUUGGGAUUAUUGGAAAUGGCUUUGUCAUCUGGAUUGCUGGCUUUAAGAUGAGCUCAAUAAGCGCCAAGUGGUACCUUAACCUGGCAAUAACAGACUUUAUUUGCAGUGCCAGUACUGUUUUACGUAUUGCAGAGUGGAUUCAUCAAGAUUAUUUCUUCCUGUGUUUGUUCAGUUUUGUUCUGCUUCUUAUAAACAUGCUCACCAGUGUCUAUUUCUUAACUGCCAUAAGUAUUGAUCGCUGUAUAACAAUAAUGUGGCCAUUUUGGGCAAAAACUCACAGGACAAAAAAAUCUGCCACCGCUGGUAUUGUUAUUACCUGGAUAAUGUCUCUGCUCUUCUCAGUCAUCAUUUUUUUUGUAUAUUUAGAUAGUUUUCAUGAUUUGAUGGCGUGCGCUCCCGAAGAAAGGUCUUCUUAUUUUGUCUACAACACCUCGAAGGUGGAGAACUUUGAAUACAAAAAGCAUCCUGUUCAAUUUACUGUUUUAAUUGUUAUGUUUUUGUUACCAUUUACUAUUAUCCUCCUCUGUUAUGGCUUCAUCGUGUGCAAAGUGGCCACUUUGAGAAGAGCCAACAAAUCUCAACGGUCGCUGAAGAUCAUCAUUGCAAUUGUCACCUGCUUCUUCGGCUGCUGGUUCCCAUAUAACCUAUGGCAAUUUACCUCACUCAGAACAAAUAUAGAUGACAUUGGUGUCGACUUAAUAAUAAGUUCAAUUUCAGUCUGUUUGGUUUAUACCAGCAGCUGCCUCAAUCCCAUCCUCUAUGUCUUCCUGGGCAGAGACUUUAAGAGUAAUUUGAUAAAGUCCAUACCAGCCAUACUAAAAAAUGCAUUUAGUGAUCCUGAUGAUAGAACAAACAGAGAAGCAGACGCUACUGAUGAGCUGGCAAUCUGA